CAACAUGGCGAACUACCAGAGAUUACUGCUCCUGCUAUUAAGCUGUGUGUAUGGUAUUUCAUAUUGCUCUCACCAGGGAUGGUGGAGAAAACAUCACGGAUGGUGGAAGAAACCCAACUGUAACUGUUCAGAUCACAAUCAUUCCGAUCAUUCAACAACGGAACCUAAACCAAUGAGUGAAGUUGUUAGAACUAUGUUUCCUGGAUUGUUAAUUAAUUCCAAUGAUCUUACAAAAUUACCUGUGAUAAAACCUGAGGGUACCCGCAGAACUCAUGAAACCAGUUAUGUUGGAAAUAUUGUUCCAAACAGUAAAACUGUGCUAGAUUCUUGUUGUCAAACGGAAUUUGCAUAUGAAGUUAUAAACACAACUGUAUCCAACAAUAGAAAUUUAAAAGUCGUCCAUUUUGAAAAUGCUUUCCAGUUUGUUCCUACUGGGAAAUGUCCAGAAAAUGCAACGUGUGGUAGAAACACAUGUGUACAGAUGUAUCGUCACCAAUGGUUACUGAUUUGGGAUGACCAUUUACCACAUUAUCCACCAGUAACUUUUGCUGCCGUUGAAGUGCCCUCCCACUGUGAAUGUGUUAAUGUCGGUACAUGAAUCCAUUUUUUAUAUUCUUUCUCCGAAAAGAAAACGGACAUUAACACAUUCAAAUCUUUAAAAUGUGUAAAUUUCAUUCUAGAUAAGUCAUAUCUUUGAUAAAUCGGUU